CUUUUCCUUUUCUACCACACCACCAUCACCACCAAGACACCCAUCUCCCCCACUGGGGCUACGUAUGGGGAGGAGGUCCGCGACCCGGCCGCAGCACACACACGCACAGCAGAGGAGCCGCCGCGCAGCCGCGUCCUGACUGAGCGGAGCAGAGCCACGGACACGCACGCACGCACUUCCAGCUGCAGACGCACAGAGCUCCAGAGCGAGAGAGAGGGAGACUGACUCCACCCAGAAAAGCAGCCCUCAGCGAACCAAAAGGCAGCGGAGAGCAUAAAAAUGAGCGGCUCCCACCCCCGGCCCCAUCAGAGCGCCGCGCCCGCUCCCAACGCACACUCAGCGGACAAGGACGCAGAAAUGCCUGCCACGGAGAAGGACCUGGCCGAGGAUGCGCCGUGGAAGAAGAUCCAGCAGAACACCUUCACGCGCUGGUGCAACGAGCACCUGAAAUGCGUCAACAAGAGGAUCGGCAACUUGCAGACGGACCUCGGCGACGGGCUGCGGCUCAUCGGGCUCCUGGAGGUCCUGUCCCAGAAAAAAAUGUUCAGAAAGUACAACCAGAGGCCCACCUUCCGCCAGAUGCAGCUGGAGAACGUGUCGGUGGCCCUGGAGUUUCUGGACAAGGAGAACAUCAAGCUGGUGUCUAUAGACUCUAAAGCCAUCGUGGAUGGUAACUUGAAGCUGAUCCUGGGUCUGAUCUGGACCCUGAUCCUGCACUAUUCCAUCUCCAUGCCCAUGUGGGAUGAGGAUGAAGAGGCGGAUGACGGCAGACAAAAGACACCCAAGCAGAGACUGCUGGGAUGGAUCCAGAACAAACUGCCUGAGCUUCCUAUCACCAACUUCAACAGGGACUGGCAGACGGGCCGGGCCCUGGGGGCCCUGGUGGACAGCUGUGCUCCAGGUUUGUGCCCUGACUGGGACCAGUGGGAUCACUCCAAACCCGUGGACAACGCCCGCGAGGCCAUGCAGCAAGCUGACGACUGGCUGGGCAUCCCUCAGGUGAUAACACCUGAAGAGAUCGUCGAUCCCAACGUGGAUGAACACUCAGUCAUGACGUACCUGUCCCAGUUCCCCAAGGCCAAACUGAAGCCUGGCGCCCCUCUCCGACCCAAACUCAACCCCAAGAAGGCCCGCGCUUACGGACCAGGCAUUGAGCCUGUUGGUAAUGUGGUGAUGAAAAAGGCCGUUUUCACCGUGGAAACCAUCAGCGCGGGGAUGGGGGAGGUUCUGGUUUACGUUGAGGACCCAGCAGGACACAGAGAAGAGGCUAAAGUGACGGCCAACAAUGACAAGAACCGCACCUACUCCGUCUUCUACAUCCCCAAAGUGACGGGCAUGCACAAAGUGACAGUUUUGUUUGCAGGGCAGCAGAUUUUGAAGAGCCCCUUCGAGGUGGAGAUUGGCAUGGCCCAGGGAGACUCUAGUAAAGCCACUGCCCAGGGACCAGGCGUGGAACCCGUAGGGAACAUCGCCAACAAGUCCACCUACUUUGACGUCUAUACAGCGGGUGCCGGUGUUGGUGAGGUGGAGGUGGUGAUCAUGGAUCCCGCCGGCAAGAAGAACACCGUGCCGUGCAACAUCGAGGACAAGGGGAACAGCAGCUACCGCUGCACCUACAAGCCCACUCAGGAGGGCCAGCACACCCUCUUCAUCACCUUCGCCGGGGGUCAGAUCAGCAAGAGUCCUUUCACGGUCAACGUGGGAGAAGCGUGCAAUCCCAGCCUCUGCAAGGCCAAGGGUCGCGGUCUGCAGCCCAAGGGCCUGAGGGUAAAGGAGACCGCAGACUUCAAGGUUUACACAAAAGGAGCCGGCACCGGAGAGCUCAAAGUCUCCAUCAAGGGCCCCAAGGGACUUGAGGAGCCUUGUAAAAGAAAAGAUCUUGGAGAUGGCGUGUAUGGAUUUGAUUAUUACCCCACAACUCCUGGAACAUACACAAUCACCAUCACCUGGGGAGGACAGCACAUCCCUCGCAGUCCCAUUGAGGUGAAGAUCGGAGCCGAGGCCGGCCCGCAGAGGGUCCGGGCCUGGGGGCCAGGGCUGGACGGAGGUGUUGUUGGUAAAUCUGCUGACUUUGUGGUGGAGGCUGUUGGAGAUAAUGUUGGAACACUGGGUUUCUCUGUGGAGGGUCCGUCUCAAGCCAAGAUUGAAUGUGACGACAAGGGCGACGGGUCCUGCGACGUGCGCUACUGGCCCACGGAGGCCGGGGAGUACGCCGUCCAUGUGCUCUGCAACAACGAGGACAUCCAGCACUCUCCCUACAUGGCUGAGAUCGUCAACGCACCAGGGAAAGACUUCUACCCCGGCAAGGUUAAGGCAUACGGGCCAGGCCUUCAGAGCAGCGGUUUGGCUGUUGGAAAACCCACAGAGUUCACAGUUGAUGCCCAACAAGGAGGAAAAGCUCCUCUCAAGAUUGUGGCCCAGGACGGAGAGGGAAAUCCGUUAGACGUCCAGGUUAAAGACAAUGGCAACGGCACAUACACCUGCACGUACACGCCGCGUAAACCUGUGAAACACACAAUCAUGGUGUCCUGGGGAGGAGUCAACAUCCCUGACAGUCCAUUUAGGAUGACGGUCGGAGCAGGCUGCCAUCCAAACAAAGUGAAGGUGUCUGGACCCGGAGUGGCCAAGAGCGGCCUGAAGGCCUUCGAGCCAACGUACUUCACCGUCGACUGUGCUGAGGCCGGUCAAGGUGACAUCAGCAUUGGAAUCAAGUGUGCCCCCGGUGUGGUCGGCCCCGCGGAGGCCGACAUCGACUUUGACAUCAUCAGGAACGACAACGAUACGUUCACUGUGAAAUACACUCCCCCUGGAGCCGGCAGCUACACCAUCAUGGUGCUGUUUGCCGACCAUGCUAUUCCAAUGACUCCGAUCAGAAUAAAAGUGGAUCCCUCUCACGAUGCCAGCAAAGUCAAGGCUGACGGACCGGGACUCAGUCGCAGCGGGGUAGAAUUGAACAAGCCCACUCACUUCACCGUGACCACUAAAGGAGCAGGGAAGGCAAACCUGGACUGCAACUUCAGCGGUGCAGUGAAAGGAGAAGCUGUCAAGGACUUUGAAGUCAUCAACAACCACGACAACACACAGACUGUGAAAUACACACCUGUGCAGCAGGGUCCUCUCGGCGUGGCUGUGACCUACGGCGGAGAUCAGAUUCCCAAGAGUCCUUUCAAUGUAGCCGUGGCCCCCACGCUGGACCUGGGCAAGGUCAACGUCACAGGCCUGGGAGACAAGAUGACAGUUGGCAAAGAUCAAGAGGUGACUGUCAAGUCAAAGGGUGCUGGCGGUCAGGGCAAGGUUGCUGCCAAGGUGACCGGCCCAUCAGGGAAGCCAGUCGCCAGCAAGGUUGAGCCGGGACUGAGCCCAGAGACCAGUCAGCUGAAGUUCAUCCCACGUGAGGCGGGACCAUACCAAGUUGAACUGACCUAUGAUGGAGUGCCGGUCUCAGGUUCCCCCUUCACCCCGACAGCUUACCCCGCCACCGACCCCUCCAAGGUUCGCUGCUCUGGCCCAGGCCUGGAGCGGGCCAAGGUCGGGGAGACGGGGGAGUUUGUUGUGGACUGCACCAACGCCGGCCCGGCUGAGCUGACCAUCGAGAUCAUCUCAGACAGCGGCACCGAGGCCGAAGUUCACAUCCAGGACAACGGCGAUGGGACCUACACCAUCACCUACAUCCCUCUCUACCCCGGCUCCUACACUCUGACCAUCCGCUACGGUGGCCAGGAUGUGCCCAACUUCCCUGCACGGCUCACUGUGGAGCCAGCGGUCAAUACCAGUGGAGUCCACUGUUUUGGACCAGGAGUGGAAGGCAAAGGAGUCUUCAGAGAGGCGACCACAGACUUCACGGUGGACGCUCGUGCCCUCACGCAGACCGGAGGAGACCACAUCAAAGCCCUCAUCAGCAACCCGUCUGGAAGCCACACGGAUUCUCUCAUCUCUGACUGCGGAGAUGGCAUCUAUAACGUGGAGUACACUCCCUACGAGGAGGGCCCACACAACGUGGAGGUUUGCUACGACGGCUCUCCGGUGCCCAAGAGUCCGUUCCGCGUCGCCGUCACCGAAGGCUGCGAUCCCGGCCGUGUUCGCGUGCACGGCCCCGGGCUGAAAGGCGGCAUUACCAACAAGCCCAACAAGUUCACCGUGGAAACCCGGGGAGCAGGUACUGGCGGUCUCGGUCUGGCCAUGGAGGGUCCGUCAGAGGCCAAAAUGUCCUGCACCGAUAACAAGGACGGCAGCUGCAGCGUGGAGUAUGUUCCGUACGAGGUCGGCACGUACAACCUCAACAUCACCUACGGAGGACAGCCCAUCACAGGCAGUCCGUUCCAAGUGCCCGUUAGUGACACGGUGGACAGUACCAAGGUGAAGUGCCAGGGUCCUGGUCUGGGCAACAACGUCAGAGCCAACAUCCCGCAGGCGUUCACCGUGGACGCCUCCAAAGCCGGAGUGGCCCCGCUGCAGGUCCGCGUACAGGGGCCCAAAGGUGUUGUGGAGCCGGUGGAAGUGGUGGACAACGGUGACCAGACGCACACCGUCAACUAUGUUCCCACCAGAGAGGGCCCCUAUUCUAUCAACGUCCUGUACAAUGACGAGGAGAUCCCACGCAGCCCCUACAAGGUGAAGAUGCUUCCCACCCACGACGCCAGCAAAGUGCGCGCAAGCGGCCCCGGCCUCAACACCACGGGCGUGCCCGCCUCUCUGCCUGUCGAGUUCACCAUUGAUGCCAAAGAUGCAGGCGAGGGACUGCUGGCCGUGCAGAUCACGGACCCAGAGGGAAAGCCCAAGAAGGCUAACAUCCGUGACAACCAUGACGGGACUUACCUGGUGUCCUACGUGCCAGACAUGACGGGGAGGUACACCAUCCUCAUCAAGUACGGCGGCGAUGAGAUCCCAUACUCACCCUACCGCAUCAGGGCUCUGCCCACCGGAGAUGCCAGCAAGUGCACUGUCACAGUCUCAAUCGGCGGUCACGGUUUAGGCGCUGGCGUUGGCCCAACUAUCCAGAUCGGUGAGCAAACGGUCAUAACAGUUGACGCCAAAGCCGCGGGCAAAGGCAAGGUGACGUGCACCGUGUGCACACCGGAGGGGGCGGAGCUCGACGUGGACGUCGUCGAAAACGAGGACGGCACAUUCGACAUCUUUUACACGGCGCCGCAGCCCGGCGAGUACGUGAUCUGCGUCCGCUUUGGAGGGGAGCACAUUCCCAACAGUCCGUUCCAAGUCACGGCACUGGAAGGAGCUCCAUCAGACCAGCUCAUGCAGCAGAGCCAAAUGCCCCAGUACUACGCUCAACAGCCCUGGGCAACGGACAGACCAGUGGGAAUCAAUGGUCUGGACGUGGCGGGGCUGAGACCUUUCGACCUGGUCAUCCCAUUCACCAUCCAGAAGGGCGAGAUCACAGGUGAAGUCCGAAUGCCAUCGGGCAAAGUUGCCAAGCCUGACAUCACCGACAACAAAGAUGGCACCGUCACGGUCAAGUAUGCUCCCACAGAAGCUGGUCUGCAUGAGAUGGACAUCAAAUACGACGGCAUCCACAUCCCAGGAAGCCCUCUUCAGUUCUACGUGGACUACAUGAACAGUGGUAAUGUUAGCGCGUACGGCCCCGGCCUCAUCCACGGGACCGUCAACAAGCCUGCUAUCUUCACCGUCGACACUAAAAAUGCCGGAGAGGGGGGUCUCUCUCUGGCCAUUGAGGGUCCAUCCAAGGCAGAUAUCAACUGUUUGGACAACCAAGAUGGGACCUGCACUGUGUCCUACCUGCCUGUGCUGCCAGGAGACUACAGCAUCCUGGUCAAGUACAAUGACAAGCACAUCUCCGGCAGCCCCUUCUCCGCCAGGAUUACUGGUGACGACUCCAUGAGGAUGUCCCAUCUCAAGGUGGGCUCUUCUGCCGAUAUCCCUCUGGACAUUGGAGAGCUUGAUCUCAGCCAACUGACAGCAUCCCUCACCACGCCCUCGGGCCGCGAGGAACCCUGCCUGCUGAAGAUGCUGCGUAACGGACACGUCGGCAUCUCGUUCGUUCCUAAGGAGAUUGGAGAGCACCUCGUCAACAUCAAGAAGAACGGCCGUCACAUCCCCAACAGCCCCAUUUCUGUGAUGAUCAACCAAUCGGAGAUCGGCGAUGCCAGUCGCGUUCGUGUGAGUGGGCAGGGCCUGAGCGAGGCCAAGACCUUCGAGCCCGCAGAGUUCAUCAUCGACACUCGUGAAGCAGGAUACGGUGGGCUGAGCCUGUCGAUCGAGGGGCCCAGUAAAGUCGACAUCAACACUGAGGACCAAGAAGAUGGAACCUGCAAGGUCACAUACUACCCAACUGAGCCAGGAAAUUACAUCAUCAGCAUCAAAUUUGCUGACCAACAUGUGCCAGGGAGUGCAUUCACGGUGAAGGUGACGGGAGAGGGCAGGAUGAAGGAGAGCAUCACCAGGAGGAGGAGAGCAGCAUCUGUUGCUAAUGUCGGCAGCCAGUGUGACCUCAGCCUCAAGAUCCCCGAAAUCAGCAUAGCGGACAUGACGGCUCAGGUGACCAGCCCGUCUGGGAAAGUUCACAAGGCAGACAUCAUGGAGGGGGAGAACAACACGUACUGCAUCCGUUUCGUCCCCGACGAGAUGGGCGUGCACACCGUCUGCGUGAAGUACAAUGGCAUGCAUGUGCCUGGAAGCCCGUUCCAGUUUACCGUCGGGCCCCUGGGUGAAGGCGGGGCUCACAAGGUCCGCGCUGGAGGCCCGGGCCUGGAGAGAGCAGAGGCUGGAGUGCCAGCCGAGUUCAGCAUCUGGACGAGGGAGGCGGGGGCCGGAGGGCUCAGCAUCGCUGUGGAGGGGCCCAGCAAGGCUGAAAUCGCCUUCGAGGACCGCAAGGACGGCUCCAGUGGAGUCUCCUACAUCGUGCAGGAGCCCGGCGACUACGAGGUGUCGAUCCGUUUCAACGACGAGCACAUACCCGACAGCCCCAUCAUCGUCCCGGUGGCGUCGCCCUCGGACGACGCCCGCCGCCUCACUGUUGCCAGUCUUCAGGAGUCGGGCUUGAAGGUGAACCACCCGGCAUCGUUUGCCGUCAGCCUCAACGGGGCCAAGGGUGUGAUCGAUGCCAAGGUCCACAGUCCGUCUGGAGCCCUGGAGGAGUGCUGCGUCACCGAGAUCGACCAAGAUAAGUAUGCAGUCCGGUUCAUCCCCAGAGAGAACGGCCUCUACCUGAUCGACGUUAAGUUCAAUGGAAGUCACAUUCCAGGCAGUCCGUUUAAGAUCCGGGUUGGAGAGACGGGCCAGGCGGGAGACCCGGGAAUGGUGUCUGCCUACGGACCAGGACUUGAGGGGGGCUCCACAGGAACUGCGUGUGAGUUUGUGGUGAACACGAGCACGGCGGGCCCCGGCGCUUUAGCCGUGACCAUCGACGGGCCCUCCAAGGUGAAGAUGGACUGUGUGGAGUGCCCCGAGGGCUACAGAGUCACUUACACGCCGAUGGCUCCAGGCAACUAUCUUAUCUCCAUCAAAUACGGCGGCCCCUACCACAUCGUGGGAAGCCCCUUUAAGGCCAAGAUCACAGGUUCCAAGCUCGUGUCCAGCCACAGUAUGCACGAAACAUCUUCCGUCAUGGUUGACCCCGUGACCCGUGCCAUCAGCUGUUCUCAGCAGGGCGCCGUGCCCACCCACUCGGAUGCCAGCAAGGUGGUGGCUAAAGGCCAGGGGCUGACGAAGGGCUUCAUUGGUCAGAAAAACAACUUCUGCGUUGACUGCAGCAAAGCAGGUCGCAACAUGCUCCUGGUCGGCGUGGAUGGUCCCAAGGUCCCUUGUGAGGAGAUCCUUGUCAAACAUAUGGGCAACCGCAUGUACAACGUCAGCUACCAACUGAAAGAAAAGGGGGAGUACAUCCUGGUGGUGAAGUGGGGGGACGAUCACAUCCCCGGCAGCCCCUACCACAUCGCCGUCUAAGAACACCACCUGUACCACUAUUAUUAACACCUGAAAUCUGGUCUCCUUUCCAAACAGUAGUUUACAGGUCCAUCACCCUCCUAAGCUGCAAUAUAAGAAUUCCUGUUUGAUCACCAUCUUUAAAAAAAAAAAAAAAAAAAAAUGACAAAAAAAAAGUUUUCCUUUUGGAUCAUAUUCACUGUAAUCUGGUCGUUCACUGCAUUUCUUGUUUCAUUGCUCAUCUUUCAAUAAACCGAGGGAGGAGAAGAUGCACCUUUUAUUACUGUAAACUAGCAGUCAGUUGUACUUAGUCUGUUUUUACAUUUUCAGCCACAUGUGGAUGAUAGAUUAGUCUAAACUAGAGUACAAUGUCAGGAUCACACAGCAAUCGUACAUUUUGGGCCCUUGCUUUAGACGGAUGUUACUGUUUACACUGGAGGACCUUUUGCAUAUGAUAAAUAAUGAAUUCAUGAGCUUUUAUAUGAACAGUCACAGGACUUGGAUUGAAGAAUGUUGCGAGUAAUGUGUUGUCCCCCCCCCCCUUUCACAUUUGAGUUUUUGUGUAAGACCUUUAACUGUUUGUAUAAAAGUGCCCUUGUCUGUUACCAGUGCAGCCUUUAGUGCUCAGUAGAUGCCCGGCGUUCAUGAUGAUCCUUCACUAACCCAGUCGUUUUACCUGCUGCUAGUGUGAUCUGGUUUUAGCCACUGCUGUUCUUAGCUGAAGGAAAGGCGUCAGAAUUCAAAAGGGUAUGUGAACAAAGGAAGGCACACUGGGCUUUUCUCAACACAGAGGCCGCACGUCCUUCAGGUUGUGAAGCGAUGGCGUGACGUGCAGAGUUGUGCGGCGGCUCGCAGUCUUAAGCGUGGAACUUUUUCUGAUAAAGGGUUUAAAAAAGGGAAGUUUCUAAUGUUUUGCUGGACAGAAGCAUCAAAAAGCUGAAGAUGAUGAUGAUGAUGUUGUGGUUUGUCCUCAAAGCACGAUGACCAAAAGCGAGAGAACAGCUUUUUUCUUCUGCUGAUCCUUUGCUAUCUCCCCGUCCCCACUUGUUCCUCCUACUCGCUUUGUGGCUUAUCUAUAUUUCAGAACAAAAAAAAAAAUCUUGUCUGAACUAAAAAAGCUUUAAAAGUGAUUGUAAGACAGUAUUUUGAUAAACAAUAAAGUAUUUUUCUGACAUUCUAA